AUGAGCAUAGAACAUAGGGAAAUUGACACUUUAAAUAAUAAUACCAAUGAUGAAACAAAUGAUGGAUAUGAAAAUGAAAAACCUACAAAACGUUCUUUUAUUAUUAAAGCAAAUUCAAUAACAGGAAAACCAACAAAAAACCUUGAAUUCAAUAAUGUUGACUUGUCUCAAUCACGAAUUAGUGAUGUAAAAAAAGCAAUUCAAAGAGUCCAUUCUCUUCAUCCAAAAAUUUCUUACAUUGAAAUUAGAAAAGAAGAUGACCCAAAUCAAACUCCUAUUAAUGACAAUACUUAUUUAUAUACUCUUGGAGAUUUUGAAUAUCUUUAUGCUACAUUUACAACUCCUUUAAGCAUUAAUGAAAAGUUGAAAAAUUAUUAUAAUAACUAUUUAAAAGAUAAGUUGAAAUUUAUUAAUAAAUACUUCAUCAAUUAUACUGUAUUUGGAUUAACACUUCUUUGGUUUAUAGUUGCAACUAGUAAUUUUAGAAAGGUUCUAUUUGGAAUAUUAUUUUUAUUACAUUAUUUAUGCUUAAAAAAAAUUAUUACAAUUCAUUUCACUUUUGACCGUCAACACAGCUCUAGAAUGAAACCUUUACUUACUUUCUUUUUAUCAUUAUAUCCUUAUUGGAACCCUUAUGACCCUCAACACAAUACUAUUAUUGAUGAAACAGAGACUAAUAAAACAGAACAACAAAACCAUCAAGAAAUUGAUCCUAAUGUUCAUAUUAUAAAUGAUAAUAAUGAAAAUGAAAUUAAUGACAUGAAUAAUAAUUUUAUACCUGAAAAUGAAAAUAAUGAAAAUAUUAAUCAAGAACAAGAAGAGACUGAUGAUCUGCUUGUAGCUCAAAAUUAA